AUGUACGUGGGCUAUGUGCUGGACAAGGAAUCCCCCGUGUACCCCGGCCCCGCCAGGCCCGCCAGUCUCGGCCUGGGCCCGCAAGCCUACGGCCCCCCGCCGCCUCCGCAGUACCCCGACUUCACCGGCUACUCUCACGUGGAGCCGGGCCCCGUGCCCCCUGCGGCCUGGAGCGCGCCCUUCUCUGCGCCCAAGGACGAAUGGGCCGCCGCCUACGGCCCGGGCCCCGCGGCCCCCACCGCCAGCCCGGCCCCGCUGGCAUUCGGGCCCCCUCCGGACUUUAGCGCGGUGCCCGCGCCCCCGGGGCCUGGGCCGGGUCUCCUGGCGCAGCCCCUUGGCGGCCCAGGCGCACCGUCCUCGCCCGGAGCGCAAAGGCGGACGCCCUACGAGUGGAUGCGGCGCAGCGUGGCGGCCGGAGGCGGCGGUGGCAGCGGUAAGACCCGGACCAAGGACAAAUACCGCGUGGUCUACACCGACCACCAGCGCCUGGAGCUGGAGAAGGAAUUCCACUACAGCCGUUACAUCACCAUACGGCGGAAAUCAGAGCUGGCCGCCAAUCUGGGACUCACUGAACGUCAGGUAAAGAUCUGGUUCCAAAACCGGCGGGCGAAGGAGCGCAAAGUGAACAAGAAGAAGCAACAGCAGCAGCAGCAGCCUUCACAGCCACCCCCGCCAGCCCACGACGUCACCGCCACUGCAGCGGGGCCACCCCUGGGGGGCCUGUGCCCCAGCUCUGCCAGCCUCCUGGGCACCUCCUCCCCAAUGCCUGUCAAGGAGGAGUACCUGCCGUAG